GACAGAAUCUUUUUGAGAUUAAAACCACUGAACGGUCAAGGUUUUAAUGGUUAGCUUAAUACAGACAUAAAAAGUAGAAUCAUCUGAACAGCUUCUGUCUCUUCUUUACCUUUGUGUUCCUCUCUCUUCUCUCCCUCUCUCCCGAUCUAUCAUCUGAACAGCUUCUGUCGCAAGAAAGAUGUCACGCAGCUGCUCGCAGUGUGGAAACAACGGCCACAACUCUCGCACAUGUCCGACGGAAGCACCCCCCGCCGCCGCCGGAGGAGCGAAAGGAAUCAUGCUUUUCGGCGUCCGAGUCACGGAGGCUUCACCGUCCUCUUUCAGAAAAAGCGUCAGUAUGAACAACCUAUCUCAGUACGAUCACAAGGCUCAUGACUCAGACCCCGUCGAUGACGGUGGUUACGCCUCAGACGACGUCGUUCACGCCUCAGUCAGAAACCGCGAGCGCAAGCGAGGGACUCCAUGGACGGAGGAGGAACAUAGACUGUUCCUCACAGGGCUACAUACAGUAGGGAAAGGAGAUUGGAGAGGAAUCUCGAGAAACUUCGUUAAGACACGAACACCGACACAAGUCGCGAGCCAUGCUCAAAAGUACUUCCUCCGCCGUACAAACCAGAAUCGCCGCCGUCGCAGAUCCAGUCUCUUCGACAUCACUCCCGACAUACCUCUAGGAUCUGUUGACGCGUCUUCGUCAAAGCUAGUCUGUCCGAUCCCUCCGUCUCGUAAAAUGGCUGACUUGAAUCUCGACAAGGCGGCGCCGGAGAUGUUUCCGUUGUCGAUGAAUCUUCCUUCAUCUUCAAACGAACAGAAGGCACGUGGCUCACGUGCCUCGGUCUUUGAGACGAUGUCGAAUAGUGGGGAUAGUAUAAUGGGAGUAGCUUGAUGGAGAAGAAAUUGUUUUUAACAAAGAAAAGAAUCGUUUGAUUAUAUUAUGGGAAAAUUGGAAAAAAAGACACUUUCAAGUUAGAUCUGUCUCUCUAAAACUUUAGCUACAUCUUUUGUCAUAUUAGGAUUUUAAUUUCCAUAAAUAACAUUAUACCCUCAAAUUAAUCUAAAUUAUAUUAUAUUUAUUAUAUUUAGAUAUUUCAAUUUGAUUUCUUAAUAUAAUUUUAUAAAAUAAAAAGGCUAGAAUAGAUAAAAGGUAUCCGUAGACCUAAAUACCUUCUUGUCUUCUCCGCCUAUCUCCUUCCUCUCUUCAAUGGUGAUUCACCGUUCUUCAUCGGCUAGAACUUAUAGUCUCAUAUCUAUGUUUCUUCUUUUUUAUUUAUUCUUCUCGUUUUACCCUAAUUUGUUUUUUCACUUUAUUCCUCUUCUCCUCCUUACCUUCAACAUGUAUCAAUGGCGAUUUAGGACACAAUCAACAAAAAAAAAGUAAUUGACGUGAAGCUUCGAAAAGAGGAAGCAAGAGGAAAGAAAGGCAGUAAACAGAAUGAGUCAAAACAAAUAUCUAGAAAAUCCAAAGUUGUGUCUGGUUCAGAUGCCAGUGCCGAGUUACUAGCAUCAAUACAAAAACGUCAAGGGGAGAAUAACCAGACAAACAUGAGUGAAAAGUUCAAUCCUAAUGAAGAUGCAGCACUGAAGAGUGUUAUGAUGAGGGGUUUGAAUCGGUCUCCUCCUCUAAGUAAAGAACUGAUGAUGCAACGGUCUUUUGUUCAACGUGAAUCCCCCCAGUUGACAAAGUUCUCAGACUCGGUAGGUGCUAGAGAUGCAUCACAUUUUUCUAUAGCGAAUUAACGGUGGUUUAAUAACAAAAAGAUGGUGAUGGGCCACCACGUUUUUCUGGUUAAACCCAAAGAUUUUACAAAAGAGAUAAUCCACCGGGUGACAGUGAAAAAACAGAGAGAAUAAACAUCUCAUGGUCAUUAACUACUGCCGGAGGAAAUUUAGAUGUAAUGCUAAAAGAACAUGAAAGACACAUUCUAUUAGUUGUUUGAGUGGAUAAAAAGACUAAUAGGGACAGGCUCAAGCGUCUCUUGCUGCAAAUGGCAUCAGACAAGAAUCUUUUAGGACUAAUCAAAAGGAAAAAAAGGUUUGAGGUUUCACAACUUAGAGUCAGUUGAUCU